AUGGAUAUGGACGGAGCCAGAAGCUUGAUUAGGACUUUUGUCGGCAGCCUAGUUAUGGCAUCCAUCAACGGUCUCGAACGCCAUUACCAGGCGGUCACGUUACACAUCUUAGAACACUCUAACGGCGCACAUGAUGAACUUCUACAAAAUCAUCAAGUUAGCAAAGCCAAGAACGUGGACUUGCAAAUAAUCCAUCAUGUAAGCCAGAUUUGGAUAAUUCUUUACAGUUCAGAUCGUACUCGAGAUUCUUGCAAACAGAUAUCGGAGCAUGACACUGGUAUUCAUAAGCGUUUGGUACUAGUGAUUCUGCUAAAAGUAACAAAUACCCUCCAACUCGAUGAGAGUAAAACUACCAUAGACCUUACGAUACACAGUCACAAGGGCCGUGAUGACUGUGGAUGCGAAUAUAUUCCACAGGCAACACCGCAUGCUGUGAUGGUCGAACAGCAUGACACUGAUGAAACAUUCGAUAUGAAAUUCCUUUUACGAUAA